CUAACGUUUUAUAGGAUUCCAAAGGAAAUAUAGCUUAUAAGGGUCAAAUAUGAAUUUCCUACCAAAACCGGCCGUUACUUUUUUAUUCUUUUCCUUCCGAUGAGUGGCGCUUCUAUUCUCAGCUCUCUUCUCUCCAACAAAACCCUCAACCUCCAAACCCGACCUGCAAAUGUCAAAGCCUUAACCAAACAAAUCCUCUCUCACCUCGAAGCCAAUCGCCUUAAACAAGCCGUUUCUAUUCUCUUUGCAUCUCCUGAUUGCUUCGCUUAUUCCCUUUAUGCCCAUCUCUUCCAGGUUUGCUCUUCCAGUCUUGCUAUCGUCGAGGCUCGAAAGGUUGAAUCGCAGUUACUUGGUGCCUGUCCAACGCCUCCAACCUUCCUCUUAAAUAGAGCCAUAGAUACUUAUGGAAAAUGCCGGUGUUUGGAGGAUGCAAAGGAAUUGUUUGAUGAGAUGCCUCAGAGAGAUGGCGGAUCUUGGAAUGCGAUGAUUAGGGCUUGCUUGCAAUGUGUGCGCCCGGAAAAAGCGUUGAGUUAUUUUGGAGAUAUGCAUAAACAAGGGGUUUAUGCAAAUGAGGUUACCUUUUCUAGUGCUUUGAGAGCAUGCGGUGAUGUUCUGGAACUUUGUCUUUCGAGGCAAAUUCAUGGGCUUAUUGUGAAAUAUGGGUUUUGUGGGAAUGUCAUUGUUGGGAGUUCGCUUGUUGAUGUGUAUGGUAAGUGUGGAGCUAUGAGUGAAUCAAGGAGGAUUUUUGAUGAGAUUGAGAAUCCUAAUAAUGUUACUUGGAACAUUAUUGUUAGGCGGUAUCUUGAGGUAGGUGAUGAGAAUGAGGCAGUGGUCAUGUUUUUUAAGAUGUUUCGUGCCAAACUUAGACCAUUGAGUUAUACCUUCUCUAAUGCCCUUGUUGCAUGUUCAGAUAUGCGCGCAGUCAAGGAGGGAAUGCAGAUCCAUGGAGUUGCAACUAAGAUUAACUUUGAGGAGGAAGAGGUAGUUUUGAGCUCACUUAUUGAUAUGUACGUAAAGUGUGGUGAAAUAGAAAGUGCUCGUAGGGUUUUUGACCUGCCUGGUUCGAGAGAUUUAAUCUCUUGGACUUCUAUGGUGUCAGCUUAUGCAAUGAGUGGCAGAAUGAGAGAGGCAAGGGAGCUUUUCGAUGAGAUGCCUGAACGGAACAUGGUCUCAUAUAAUGCAUUACUGGCAGGGUACAUCCGUUCCCUCCAAUGGGAAGAGGCCUUAGAUUUUGUUUAUCUGAUGUGCAGGACAACUGAAAACAUUGAUCACAUCACUUUUCAAUUGAUGCUUAAUGUAUGUUCUGGCCUAUCAGAUGUUGACAUGGGGAAGCAGGUACACGGCUUCAUUUAUCGUCAUGGUUGGUUAUCCAACACUGUUAUUGGAAAUGCCCUUCUUGACAUGUACUGCAAAUGUGGAAACUUGAGAAGUGCUGGAGUUUGGUUUCAUCAAAUGAAACAGUCACGAGAUAGCGUUUCUUGGAAUGUUUUGUUGACCAGCUAUGCUCGUCGUCAAAUGAGUGAACAAGCUAUGUCGAUUUUCCGGGAGAUGCAAUGGGAGACAAAACCGCAUAAAUUUAUAUUUGCUACUCUUUUGGCAGCUUGUGCAAAUACUUUUGCACUUGACCAGGGGAAACAAAUUCAUGGGUUCAUGAUCAGAAAUGGUUAUGACAUAGACACUGUGAUCGCAGGAGCGUUGCUUGACAUGUACUCUAAAUGCCGGUGCCUUGAAUAUGCUCUCAUUGUUUUUAGAGAAGCUGAUAAACGGGACUUGGUUCUUUGGAACUCCAUGAUUUUGGGUUGUUGUCACCUCGGAAGGGGUAAAUUGGCACUUCGAUUAUUUGGAUUUAUGGAGGAGGAAGGAACCAAGCCAGAUAAUGUCACCUUUCAAGGUAUCUUGCUUGCUUGUGUAUACGAGGGUCAUGUUGAUUUGGCUAGGCAGUAUUUUAAUUCAAUGAGCAGUAAAUACUGUAUCAUACCAAGGCUGGAGCACUAUGAGUGUAUUAUUGAACUCUUAAGUCGGUAUGGGUGCAUGAAGGAGCUUGAGAAUUUUAUUAAGGAUAUGCCUUUUGAUCCCACUGCUCCGAUGUUGACAAGAGUAGUGGAUGCAUGUAAAGAGCAUCAGUGUUGGAGAUUGGGAGAAUGGGCUGCUAAACGACUCGAUGAAUUGAGUCCUUCAGUUCCUUUGCCCUUUGAAAUUGCGGACAGAACCAAAUUCAGCCUGUUGUGAUUGCCAAGGUACAUAUUGAAGGAGCCAUGGUCCAUAUCUGCCCAUCCAGGUCGGCAAAAAUCUGCAUUUGGAAGUCGUGAAGUCGUAACUGGAUGAAGCAAAAAUAGUAGUAUUAGACUUCAGGUUAAGAAUUCAUCUAGAUGUUCAUGCCUCACGGUGAGACACCAAGCUUACGCAGGCUCCUCAAAAAGCAUCAACGGGUGCGUUACGUUAUCAUCUGAAGUGAUUUGAAGGAGCUCAUACAGCGGGGGCUUACUGUUUCCACAGUUAGAUGAUUCGGGUAUUUGAUGAUAUUAUAGGCUUGUCAGGUGGUGAUUGGAUUGGCUUUUGUACGCUGUAAGUGGACUCGGUUAGAUAGCAAAGCCUGGUGAUCGGUACACCGCCAAAGCUGAGCUGAAUAAAUCUGAGAUAUCUAGCAUGCUCGCAGCGAUUUCUCAUGAAAUCCAAUAAGUAGUUAUGUAACGGGGAAAUUCCGCAACUGGGAACCAUGCUGCCAUUCACUCUUCACUCUGCAAAAUUUUCAUUUCUCUGA